CCGAUUUUGAUUGUGUACGUCUGCUGUAAAACAGUACAUUUGAAGCAAAAAUAUAAAAGAAAUAUUUGUGUAGCAUAGUUAAGCAAUACGCGUGCAGCUCUGAGUAAAAAGGUAUUUUCUGGUAAUGAUGUGACGUCACAAACAAACUAAGGCAGACCAAGCAUGCCAUCUCGAAGCGGUACAGCGGCACAGUCUCGUGCGUCAAAACAGCAGUCACGUGGUCAAACGAGGGGAACAGCCACUCAGGGCUCAGAAAGGAGUGAAGGAUACACGGCAAAUAGCCAAGGUACUGGUACUCGAUCCAGACGUACAGCUACAGCCGGGCAACAGAAAAGUCUUUUUGAUGCAUCUAAUCGGUCACGUGGUGGCGGUGAAGAAGAUGGCGACGAAGGUGUUAAAGCAAACGACAUUUGGAGUAAAUUUGUUAGUGAUGACCAGAAUGUGGUUCGAGCACCCACAGCCGAGUCCGGUGUUAGUGGCAUUAGUGGGGGCAGCCAGAUGACAGGAUCACAGGUCUCGGGUUCACAAGGAUCUCAACGACCUUCUCAAAUUGAUGAAGAAGAUGAGGAGGAAGAGGAGGAAUCUUCUGAUGAUGACCGAACUAUUUACAGUGAUUACUACUUACCGCCAGAAUAUAUGAGAGAGGAAGGGACACCUGGACCACGAGCCGAAAUCGUUGAUAGCCACGAGGCAUGUAGUUGUUUCCCAAAUCGGAGUAACAAGUUUGUUGGUUCAAUGCUUUAUGAUAAAAUUACAUGUCAGCAUACAGGACUAACUGGACAUACACAGCCAGGUGUUUUCAAGUUUAAUCCAUACUGGAAUGAAAACAUGGAAGAACCGAGACGGCUUAGAAAACGUGAUAUGAGAAUAGCAAGAUCAAAAUAUGUGUUCGGAUAUCCAAAACCCAGGUUUGAACUUGUGUCAGAAAGCGAAGAUGAAUAUGAUGAAGAUGAUGAAGAAUGUUCUGAAGAAAGAGAAGGUACCGCUAUUAGUGGACGAAAAGCCGAUACUCCAAAAACUGCUAAAACAACAAAAACAACAAAAACAAGGGACGAAGAUGACGACGACGAUGAUGAUGAAGAUGAUGAUGAUUAUGACAGUGAUGAAUAUGAUGACGAAUAUGAUGAAGAGGAGGAAGACUAUAUUCCUUACAGAUUACCCGAAAUAGGAUAUCCGCAGACGCCGUCACUUCCACCAAGUAGUCAGAGCUUCCGGUCACGUCACAGCGAUUUCACAGAAAGCGUUCCCGAGUCAUUACCAUCACUUCCGCCUACAAGACAACUAACUGCACAAACCAAAAGGACAGGUGUUACACAGCGUACGCAAAGAACCCAAUUCACGCUUCCAUCGCAAAGACAAGAAACCAGACGUUCUACAAAAACCGCAAAGACUGGCAAGUCAGAGAAAUCCGGGAAGAAGUCUGCAAAGAAGGCAAAAUCCAUUGAUAGCGGAUAUGAUGAUGAUUCCAGCAGACGAACGGUCGCUAGUCGACAAUCACUUCCUGCAGGUCCAGUAAUUGGGACAUCUAGAACAUUUCAAGGGAAGUUUUAUGAUCCAGUUACAAAACAAAUAAUGCUGUAUGACAUUGCGACCCAGCCGGGUCAAAGAAUUCCAGUCGGAAAUAUGGAACCACUUAAUAAGCCUGCAACAGCCGAAAACAUUCCUGCUAAAGCAGCGGACAAAAAAGAAGCCGGUUCCAAACCGGGUACCAAGGGAAGCAAGCGUAGCACAACCAGUCAACAGAGUCAUCACAGUGUACCAAAGGCUGCCGUGUUGGGGGCAGUGUUUAUAUCUAACUUACUCAGUAAAAAUAAAGCAAACAAAGAGGCAUUGGACGCGGGAUAUAGUGAUGACGAGGAGGAAACUUAAUACAUGGGCAAUCGGAACAUGUCGGCUAUUAUCAGUAAUCUUAUUUUAUCCGAAGAUUGUCGGAAAGGGCCGAGAAGAUGCGAUUGAAUAAAUGGGUAGUCG